CUCUUCUCGGGACGCCGCGCAGUGUUGGCGUGCCAAGUGUUAAGAACUUGGGGAGCAAAUUAAACCUAGGGCCAGCAGGGGCGACAGAUGACCGAUGGAGCUGCUAGGAGAUGCAUGCAGCCCCGACAUGGGCGGAGCGCCCUGCGUCGGUCUCUCGCCGGUGAGCAUAAAUACCCCUCCUCGCACCCGGCCCAUUCAUCGAUCACAAGCUAGCCACGCAGCGGAAUCGGAUCGGAACAAGCUAAGAUCAUCGAUGGCAGCGCUUCGUGCGGUUGCGGUGGCGGCGGUGGUGGCGGCGCUGGUGGGCGGCGCCUGGUGCGGUCCGCCCAAGGUGCCCCCGGGCAAGAACAUCUCGGCUGAGUGCGACGGCAAGUGGCUGGACGCCAAGGCGACGUGGUACGGCAAGCCGACAGGCGCGGGGCCCGACGACAACGGCGGCGCCUGCGGGUACAAGGACGUGAACAAGGCUCCCUUCAACAGCAUGGGGGCGUGCGGCAACUCGCCCAUCUUCAAGGACGGCCUCGGCUGCGGCUCCUGCUACGAGAUCAAGUGCGACAAGCCCGCCGAGUGCUCCGGCGAGCCCGCCAUCGUCUACAUCACCGACAUGAACUACGAGCCCAUCGCCGCCUACCACUUCGACCUGGCCGGCACGGCCUUCGGCGCCAUGGCCAAGAAGGGGGAGGAGGAGAAGCUGCGCAAGGCGGGCAUCAUCGACAUGCAGUUCCGCCGCGUCAAGUGCAAGUACCCGGCCGACACCAAGAUCGCCUUCCACAUCGAGAAGGGCUGCAACCCCAACUACCUGGCAAUGCUCGUCAAGUACGCCGCCGGCGACGGUGACAUCAUCGGCGUCGACAUCAAGGAGAAGGGCGCCAAGGAGUACCAGUCCCUCAAGCACUCCUGGGGCGCCAUCUGGAGGAUCGACACCCCCAAGCCCAUCAAGGGCCCCAUCUCCGUCCGCAUCACCAGCGAGGGAGGCAAGAAGCUCGAGCAGGAGGACGUCAUCCCCGAAGGCUGGAAGCCCGACACCGUCUACCCCUCCAAGCUCCAGUUCUGAUCCAUCCAUCAUCAUCUAUCUAUCGUCCGAUCGAGGCGCGACGAUCUUUAUUUUCCAUCAUCAAUUUUGUUUUUUUCUUCUUUUGUUACAAGCAACUUGAGUGAGUGAGUGAGUGAGAGAAAGAAUUAAUUGUUACUUAUAUUAAUUAGCGCCUGACACGACAAUCAGGAGGCGCUCAUGAAUCAAUAAAGGAGGCGGCCGGCAAAUAGCAUCCGACGAUCCCCUCAGCCCACCGGUCGUCACCAUGUAAUAACAAUGAAAUACUUACUAUACAUCAAGUCCAAUGUUUUUAAUACAUGGAUAUUUUCUCCUUUUUUUUAUCAUUGUGCCAUUUAAUAUAAUUAUUUGUG